GCACCGAACGCUCCAGCGCUCAAAAACACACCAAACAACAAAAAACAAGCCCACAAAAAUAAAAUACAUACAAGCGCCAAGUGCGUGAGUGAACUUUUUUUCCUGUGUACGUGUACGUGUACGUGUGCGUGUGUCCGCCAGCUGCCAUGAGAGUGUGCGAUAAAUAGAAACUUGGGAACUCCGACUCUUUUCGAAAACAAACUCAGAACCCAAACAAUCGCUCAGUGAUAAGUUCCGUCGGCAAAAUGCAGGCCACCAAGAUGCGAACGCCCUUCGCCAUCCAGGAGAUUUUGGGACUGGGCGCCUACCAGCAGCAGAACAGCGCCAGUGCCACGCCCUCGGAGGCGCCGCCCUCGCCGGCAGCCACGCCCCCGCCCACCGCGAGUACGCCCGCAAACGGCUCGAUAUCCGCCGGACAGCAGCAACAACAGCAUCAACAGCAGCAGCAGCAACAGCAACAGCAGCAGCAGAUGGACGGCCUCAGGGACUCCCGAUCCAUAUCGCCGGACGUGUCCAGAUUGUCGGCGGCUGCUGCAGCCGCGGCGGCGGCGGCCGCCCACUGCCAACUGCCCGUCUUCAACCCGGCCAACUUCUACGCCGCCGCCGGAUACGCCGCUGCAGCGGACCCUGGCAACGCGGCGGCCGCCCACCACCACCACAUGACCACCUUGGCGGCGGCCGCCUAUCUCCGGGGAUUCCUGCCACCCGGGUUCAGCACGCCCCACGAGUUCCGGGGACACUUCCAGCAGCACUUCGGCGCCCAGUUUGCAGAACAAGCUGCCGCACGAGGACAGGAGUAUGCCAGCAGUUUGGCCAAUGCCAGUGGUGACGAGCAGUCGCCCAGCAAAAAUAGCAGUUCGUCGGGCAACGGGUCCGGAGGAUCGGGAUCCGGUUCCGGGGGUUCCGGUUCGGGAAGCGCCAAUCAGACCUCCAAUGGACUGGGACAUUUAGGCUCGCCAACGGCCAACAAUGGUGGUUCCGCUGGGGGAGCCGGAAUAAGCGGAUCGGGUGGAGCUUCUGGAACCUCCGGGAGCACCUCCACAUCCGCUGGAAACGGCGGAAACUCCGGCAGCCGCUCUUCGCCAGCUGGUGCGCACCACUCGGCCGCCCUGGCCGCCCAUCAACAUGCAGCGGCUGCUGCGGCCGCCGCUCAUCAUCAUGCCGCAGCGGCCGCCGCCGCCCAUCAUGCCCACCACGCCCACGCCCAGGCACACGCUCAUGCCCACGCCCAUGUCCACGCCCAUGCCGCCCACGCUGCCCAUGCGGCCCAUGCCCAUGCCCAUCAUGCCGAGGCGUUCCUGGGGGCCGCUGGCGGACCUGGAGGUAAUCCCAACAGCCUGUUAGCCGCCCAUGGCGCGGAUGUCCUGGUUGGCCCCGGCGGAACGGGUCCCGGGGGAAAGAAGAAGAACAAGAGGCGACAUGGCAGGACGAUCUUCACCAGCAGCCAGCUGGAGGAGCUGGAGAAGGCCUUCAAGGAGGCCCACUAUCCGGACGUGAGUGCCCGGGAACUGCUGUCCAUGAAAACUGGCCUGGCCGAGGAUCGCAUUCAGGUCUGGUACCAGAACCGCCGGGCCAAGUGGCGCAAAACCGAAAAGUGCUGGGGCCACAGCACCAAAAUGGCGGAGUACGGUCUCUACGGGGCGAUGGUGCGGCACUCGCUGCCCCUGCCGGAAACAAUUAUAAAGUCGGCCAAGGAGGACGAGUCGGUGGCUCCCUGGCUGCUGGGCAUGCACAAGAAGUCCCUGGAGGCCGCCGAGCUGCUGAAGAGCGACGAGAGCGACCGCGAGACCCCAACCUCGGACGACACGAACACCAGCUACUCCGCCGGCAGCACCCACAACUCCCCGAUCUCAAGCUUCUCGAUCUCACGGCUGCUCUUCGACGCACCCCCACCGGCGGCGGGUUCCGCAGGGGGCAAGGGGCACCACCACCACCACAAGGGCCACCACCACGCCCACGUUCACGCCCAGGCACAGGCGCAUGCCCACAUGCUGUUGCACCACCAGCAGCACCACUUGCACGGCGGAGAGCCCUCAGGAUCGGCUGGGCCACCGGCCCACCACCCCUACAACCAGCAGCAGCACCUGCACCACCUGCAGCAACUGCAGCAGCAGCAACAGCAGCAGACACAGCAGCAGCAACAGCAGCAGACACAGCAGCAGCAGCACCACCACCACCAGGUGCACCACAUGCACCACCACAAUGCAGCAACCGCAGCAGCCGUUGCUGCAGCAGCAGCGAUGGCUGUGGCCUCCGCGUCCUCCGCCGUGACCAUCGCCGAGUCCGAGGCUGAGGAGGAGCAGGACGACAUCGAGGACAUGGAGCUGGACAAGGACUGCGAGCUGGAGGAGGAAGUGGAGCGCGUGGACAACGACAACGAAGGGGAUGCGGACGUGGAGCCCGAGAUAGACAUCUGUGACGACCACGACGAGGAGGUGCGUCUGCAAGAGCAGCUCUUGCUGAAAGUCAAGCAGGAGCAGGCCCACCACGGACCAAGAUGAAACAUGUACAUCGACGUGUUGUUCUAAGGACAACGGUAAACAUACAGGAUUCGAAACACAUCCGGCUAAAUGCAAUGAACGUUUUCUAAGCAUAGACGAGCUUUUUGGUCUGGGUUGUGUGCUGUACUCAAAAUGUUUUCAAAACAAACGUCAAAACAAUAUUUGGUCUUCAGGCAAAACACACAGCCCAGGCUAAAAACCUUACAUUAAAGGCAUUACAUUCAUAACAAACGAAAAACAAAAACCUAAACUUAAAGCCAACAACAAUUUUUUUUCAUACACCUAAGCUGCACAAGUAAUUAAUCUAUACAUGAUAACAUAUAUUCUCUCAUUUUUUAGUGUAAAUAUUAAAUUAUUACAAGUAUGAAAGAAAAACACAAGACAUUAGCGCGUAAAAAGAGCUGCAACGAUUUGCAAAAUUUUUAAAAUAUGCUAAAUGUGAUUUAAUUUAGUUGUCAAUUCUAAACAAGGCUUUUUAUGGUUUAAGACUUUUGUUUGCCUAUUACAUUUAGUGAUUUUUUUUAACUGAACUUUCCUUCCUGUAAAAAAUGUACAUACCAAGUCAAAAUUCAAUCAAUCCAUCAACGUAUAUGUACACGUGCUACAACCUGAAACGUAAAACAGUCCACUGCCUCUGGCCCUAAUAUUAUCUACUUUUUUCCUUCAUAACUCAAAU